CAAUUAUCUGGCAACUACAUUGACACGUCAAAUUCUCUUUUCUUCAGCAACAGCAGAUUACAUUAUUCAUCUGUUUUUUAAGUGUUUCAUUUUUUAAGAUUUUUCAAUAAGAUUUUAAUAAAUAAAAGAUAAACGAAACAUCUUAUCAAUAUGGUGACUGAAAACGAAUCGGCUACGCAAAACCCAGCAGGCGAAGGGGAAACUACUUCUAAAAAGGCAGCAAAGAAACUGGCAAAGGAAGCUUUAAAGGCUGCAAAGAAAGCUGAAUAUAAAGCUUCCUCUGGAAAAUCUGACAAUACUGCUGAAGCUGGCGAUUCUGCAGAGGACAGUUCAGCUGGACUUUAUGGCAUGUCUGGUAUUAUUAACUCCCAGGAGAAGCAUGAAGACAGAAAAUUUGUGGCAGUGCACGAAUUGACUCAGCAGGUUGGUAAAGAUGCCGUAUGGGUACGUGGUCGUGUUCAUAACACCAGAGCCAAGGGCAAACAAUGUUUUUUGAUUUUACGUCAACAAAGCAGUACAGUUCAAUGUAUUCUUGCUGUGGGAGAGAACGUGUCCAAACAAUUUGUUAAAUUUGCUGGAAAUUUGAACAAGGAAAGCAUAAUUGAUGUUGAAGCUAAAGCUGUGGCCGUACCCUCAAAAAUCGAAUCGUGUACUGAACAAAAUCUUGAAUUGUCUAUUCAGCAGUUGUUUGUUGUUUCACAAGCUAAAGCCCAAUUGCCUCUGCAAAUUGAGGAUGCUUCACGACCAGAGAAUGCUGAUGACGCCGAUGGUCUUAAUAUUCGUGUUAACCAAGAUACACGUUUGGACAAUCGUGUUUUAGAUUUAAGAACUCCAGCAAAUCAAGCAAUUUUCCGCUUGGAAGCAGGUGUUUGUCGUCUAUUCCGAGAUAUUUUAACAGAUAAAGGUUUUACAGAAAUUCACACUCCCAAAAUUAUUUCGGCUGCCAGUGAGGGUGGUGCUAAUGUAUUCACAGUUAGCUAUUUUAAAGAUUCGGCUUAUUUGGCACAAUCACCACAAUUGUAUAAACAAAUGGCUAUCGCUGCCGAUUUUGACAAGGUAUUUACGGUUGGAGCAGUUUUCCGUGCUGAAGACUCAAAUACUCACAGGCAUUUGACAGAAUUUGUUGGCCUAGAUUUGGAAAUGGCCUUCAAAUAUCACUAUCAUGAAGUACUUCAUACUAUUGGCGAUACCUUCACUGCCAUCUUUAAGGGCUUGCGUGAUCGUUACAGUCGUGAAAUUGAAGCCGUGGGCCAACAAUAUAAAGUGGAGCCCUUCAAGUUCUUAGAACCACCAUUAAUUUUACAAUUUUCGGAAGGUGUAGCAAUGCUGCGAGAAGCUGGUGUUGAGACUGGUGACGAAGAGGAUCUAUCCACACCCAAUGAGAAAUUAUUGGGUCGUUUAGUGAAAGCUAAAUAUGAUACUGACUUUUAUAUUUUGGAUAAAUUCCCAUUGGCAAUUCGUCCAUUCUAUACUAUGCCCGACCCCAACAAUCCCAUAUAUUCCAACUCCUACGAUAUGUUUAUGAGAGGCGAGGAAAUCCUAUCUGGUGCCCAACGUAUUCACGAUCCAGAAUUUUUAACCGAGAGGGCGAAACAUCACGCAAUUGAUACUAGUAAAAUUGCUGCCUACAUUGAAUCGUUCCGUUUUGGUUGUCCUCCUCAUGCUGGCGGUGGCAUUGGUAUGGAACGUGUUGUCAUGUUGUAUUUGGGCCUAGAUAAUAUUCGUAAGACAUCCAUGUUCCCACGUGAUCCCAAAAGACUUACGCCUUAAUUUUUGGGCUUUCUUUUUACAAGCAUUAAGCAACAAUCUUUUCAUAGAAAUUCCCAGUUUUUAUGUUUUUGACAUUUUUAGUUUUUUUUUUUCAAUAGUAUCAAAAAUUAUUUUUGCUUUGUUUCCGUACUUUUCAGAUUAUAAGUCAGAAAAAAAUUGAAUAAACCCUGUUACUCAAACAAGUGCGGAAACUAUUUAUUUUUUUAAUUGUUUUUUUUUCAUUUCGUUAUUUUUUUUUGAACGAUUUACUUAAAAAAUAUUUAAUUUUAUUAAUGUUGUUCAACAACAAAUCUUCUCUAAUUGUAUGUGGGUAAAAAAGAGUAAAUAAACUAUUUAAAGGCAAAUUAGAGAUACUUUUUUAUGUCUUUCCUCUUAAAUUUUUCGAUCAAUAAAAAUAUAAUAAUAAUAAACAUUUAUAUUAAAACCCAAAACGUAACAAAUAAA